AUGUCUGAUCGGAGCGACGAUGAAUCGGAUGGCAAGCCGGCUGCCAAGCGACUGCGAGUAGAUUCCGAUAGCCCUGCUUCAUCUGCUGCUGAUGCCGCGGUUGACCUAACUCAUGACGAUGAAUCCGCAGGAUCCGAUUCUUCAGCACCAGGUAGCAAGGAUCCCAAGAUAUGGGGCAACAUUGAAUUCAUGAAAGUAAUAAAGAAGUCACCCUACGAACCACCCAAUGCCAGUGCGGAAGUGAGCGAGAAAGCAUUCGACGAAGUGAAAAAGCUGCUCCUUCAACCAGACGAUGGCAGCGCUGUUGUUCCUCAGGCAGCUCGAUUGUUUGGGAGUCGGCUGGCGGAAUCCCUUGUGACUGCCUUUUUUCAGAUUGGUCGAUCUGGGAUGCUGUUCAGUCCACAAUGGCAAGAAGGAAAGAUACGUGGGGUAACAACUGGCUGGAUUCCAAAGGCACUCUUGCUACUAUGUUUGCACGAACAGCGCUUUGUCCGAGCCAACGAGGCAACACUCGCUGGAAUCAUCAAGGAUUUGGGACUUUGCCAGAUUGUUGGAGACUCCAUCAACGAGUGGCGAUUGGAUCGCAAGUUCAUCAAUCUCAGCAGCAACACUGCCUAUACCUUUACGAAAAAUAAAGCAGUAUGCUACAAAUGCGAAAUAUUUGUGGCGAGGGCAUUUCGCUGUGUCAAGGUACUCAAGUGGACGAGGUUCGAGCCGACGCUUUGGAAGAAAGUAAUGGAUUGUCUCACCAUUAUGAAUGAACACGUGCGAGUGUCCAAGAAUGGCGUGGCCAAGCGAAUAUCCGAAUUGGACGAAGAUGAGGUUCCAGUGGUCGUAGAAAAGAGGCCUGCAAAGAAAGCAGCAGCAAAGAAACAAAAAGAGACGGAGGCUACAGAUAUAGCAAACAGGAUGCGACUGAGGGAAGAACGACAUGAAAGUAUGGAUACAUUGAUAGGAAUGUAUGAAGAACAUGCGAAUCGCAUGCAACAUAUAUUGGUAGUCUUCAAGCGGAAGAUGCGGGAAGAAAAGGAGGAUAGAGAUUCAAUGAUGAGUGACAUGAGGGCGCAAAUCCGAGAAGAAGAACGGCAGAAACUUCUUCAGGAGCAAAAUGGUGUGAAACGCAAGUAA